GCAAAGCCAAAAUCUAUCCUGUGAAUUAUUAUGGAUUUUUCAUUUUUGUGUAGAGACUAAAGAGUGAAGGUGAAAAAAGUAACUAGAGAUGGAGAAGGAUUCAUUGAAAUCAUGUGGAGCGUUCAUGAAAAAAUUCACAAUUCAACCAAUUUGCUCUUCUUCAGAGGAACUCAAACUCCCUUUGAAUGGUUUAACUUUUGCUGUGAAAGACAUAUUUGAUAUAGAAGGACAUAUUACUGGUUUUGGAAAUCCAGAUUGGGCUAAAACUCAUUCUGCAGCAACAACUACUGCACGAACUGUUGUGUCUCUUUUGAAAUAUGGUGCUACUUGUAUCGGUAAAACCGUAAUGGAUGAAAUGGCUUAUAGUAUAAAUGGUGAAAAUUUUCAUUACGGGACACCUGUUAAUCCUGUUUCACCAGAUCGAGUACCUGGUGGGUCUUCAAGUGGAUCUGCAGUUGCUGUUGCUGCAAAAAUUGUUGAUUUCUCUUUAGGAACGGACACUGGCGGAAGCGUUAGAGUUCCUGCAUCGUAUUGUGGAAUUUACGGUAUUCGUCCUUCUCAUGGAGUUGUUUCAACUGAUGGAGUUAUACCUAUGGCACAAAGUUUUGAUACAGUUGGUUGGUUCGCAAGGGAUGCUCGUAUUUUAAAGCAAGUUGGAAGAGUGUUGCUUCAAUGUGAUUCCAAUUCAAAUUUUCCAACUAAUAUUAUUGUAGCAGAAGAUUGCUUUAAACUUCUGGAUUCUAAGACUAAUCACCGAUUGAUUGAAACACUGGUUAAUUCGGUUCGGAAUUUAUAUGGAAGUGAUGAUAUGAUUAAAUAUGUGAGUAUAGGGGAUUACAUUGAGGAAAAUGUUCCGAAUUUGAAAAAAUUCAUAACCACUGGAACUUGCAGUAAUGAUUACAUUCCAUCUUCUUUGCGAGGUCUUUCAGCUGCAAUGCGGUUACUUCAGAAGUAUGAAUUCAAGGAGAAUCACGGAGAAUGGGUUAGUGAUGUGAAGCCUAGUUUAGGUCCUGGAAUAGCAGAACGCGUACAGGAGGCUUUGAAAACCACAGAUGAAAACAUUGAUGAGUGCCGAACUGUGAAGGGUGAACUUGUAGCAGCUCUCACUGCUCUACUUGGGGAUUCUGGAAUACUUGCAAUCCCAACUGUUCCUGGACCUCCACCAAAAUUAAGAACCGAGACAACUGCGUUGGAAGGAUUUCGUGCUAAAGCUUUUAGUCUUUUGUCAAUUGCUGGAGUAUCUGGAUUUUGCCAGGUUAGCAUACCUCUAGGUAUACAAGAUAAUCUUCCUAUAUCAGUUUCUUUACUGGCAAAUCAUGGUUCAGAUUGGUUCCUGCUGAAUGUUGUUGAGGCAAUUCACAAUGUUCUUAACUUGUAAGAAACAUAAGUUGACUAAAAUAAUUCGCUUAUUU